AUGCAAAAUUGCUCAACAAUAAUUAUUGUCUUAUCUAAGAUUAUCUAUCAAAUUUAUAUUUAUUAUAAUCUUCCUAUUUCAAUUUCAAAAUUACAUAAAACCAUCUUUUAUAAAACAAAUAUGUAUUUUGAAUCUAAAAAAUUAGAAAAAAAACUAUAUAACACAUUGUAUUUAUUUUAUGUUCUUCAAUUAAAAGUGUUUUUUUGUUAUAUACAUAAUAAAUAUACAUCUUUUUAUCGAUCAAAUAUAUUAUUUUCUUAA